AUGAGCGACGACGGCGCCAUGUCCUUCGCCUCCGCCAAUGUCUCCGGGGAGGGAGGUGACACAAUCGGCGACGAGGACCCUCGCGCCGCCCUCUUCAGGGAGCGCUUCAUCCUCACCGAGGCGCGCCUGAUGGCCGCUUUGGGGGGCAAGACGCAGCAUGAUGGUAGCGAUGGCAACAAUGCCGGCAAAGACCCUCCCCCCGAUGCCGCGCGCGAAGACCAGCCGCGCGCAGCAAUCACCCCCAAGAAGCCCGCCCGAGCGAUUGACGAGGACGACUAUGGCGACGACGACGACGGCGAUGACGAAGACGACGCCAACCAAUCUCCCCUCCUCUCCAAAGGCGCACCCAAUGGCGCCGCCCUCUCCAACCUCGACCCGCCCACCCUCAAAGUACCCUCCCUCCCCGCCAAGCUCGGCGUAGAACGAACAAGCACACCCUCCUCAGACCAGGCCAAGUCGUCGGACGAUGUGCGGAAGAAGCUACAACAGGACAAGAAGGCCGCAGAGGAUGCGGCGCGCAGGAGCUUCCACACCCUCUUUUAUACACUGGAGAACGACAGGGACGCGAUGUUGGAGCAGCAGAAGCUGGACGAGCUGGAUAGACAAGUAGAGACGGAAAUGUCUGGACAUCCCGCUGCCGGUGUGACCAAUGGCGCUGCCGGAGCCCCAGCGCAACAAGGAUCCUUAAGCACAGCCAAUCUCGGAGCCUCCAGUCUGACUCUCAAGCAUCUCAUCGCCCGGAUCGAUGCCAAACGAGAUGCGGUCCACGCGACAGAUGCUCAGCUGCGCAACCUUAUCAGCGAGGUCCGCAAGAACCGAAGUAAAUGGGCAAGUGAAGACCGGAUUGGCCAGGAGGAGCUCUAUGAGAGUAUGGAGAAGGUCCUGAUGGAACUAAAGGCCACUGAACAUGCUCAUCCGUUCCUGCAACGAGUGAACAAGCGCGAGGCGCCGGACUACUACAUCGUCAUCAAGCAUCCCAUGGACAUUGGAACAAUGAUGAAGAAGCUGAAGGGACUUCAGUACAAGUCCAAGAAGGAAUUCGUGGAUGACUUGAUGCUGAUCUGGUCGAACUGUCUAAAAUAUAACGCCGAUCCCGCACACUUCCUCCGAAAAAAGGCACUUUAUAUGAAGAAGGAGACAGAGAAGCUGGUGCCAUUAAUUCCCGAAAUCGUAGUAAGGGACAGAGUGGAAGUGGAGGCAGAGGAGAGGAGGAUGCGCAACGGGGAUGUGGAUGUGGAUGGCGUCGAAGACAGUGAUGAUGAAGAACCCCUAAUGGCGUCGCGAGGCCGAAAAGCGCCUGGCAGAGGAAACAAGGGCGGAAGUACAGCCCGGAAAGCUCCCCCAGCAGGUCUGGAGGAUACGCCAGGACUAGACAAAAAACCGCCAAUUCCUUCUUUCAACAACCUCAAAACCGAGUUUCUCCGAGCCGACUCUGAGAUGGAAGGUAGCAUCAAUGGUCUCUCUACGCCACCUCCAGGAACUCUUACUCCUUUUGGUCCAAAUGGUAUAUUUCGCGGUGGUGCCGCUGGCAGUCAAGCAGAUGCAUCAGAAGCGGACGGAACUGGUAACUCUGUCAGCGGUCUUACUUUGGACGCCGAGGACGCAGACUUGGAUGACCUAGAGUACAAAACUUGGAAGCAGGUGACGAAGAAAGAUAGAGCAACGAUUGCGGCGGAUCGUAACCGAAUGUUUCGUGGCGACCACCUCAAUGUAGAGGAGCCUGCUAUCCUCAGGACUAAAGCUGGCAUGCGACGGUGGCUGCGGCACCGGAAAGAAGCUUUGGAGGAAGACAAGAAGGACGACUCAACGACCCCAGAUGGGAAAGACGGUAUCCAACCAACAGGCGAGACAUUGGCAGAGGGCAUUGAGGGGGAGGACGAGCGACAAGUGCCUGAUUACUACGAUCCGGUGUCUGCCAUUCCUGAUAUGUCUGAGCGGCUGAAAUGGGUGGAGGAUUCCGAAGGCAACGUCAUCAAUCAAGCUGAGGAAUUCAUGCGAAUAGUGCCCAAGGGUUACUUUACGGCUCCGCAGGGUGCUUUGGCGUCCAAGAUCGAGGCGAACAUGCGACAGAUGCAGGACACUAGGAAGAUAUGUGCCAAAAUUGGUAUCGUAAAGCAGAUGCAGCUCCAAUCACAGAUGUAUCAAAAUCAGUUCCAGAAGUACGGCCCUCUACCUUUCGUCGAAGCCGACGUGGAACCCCUCGUGGUAUCUGACGAUGGGGCAAUCAUGUCUCCAUAUGUCUGCCGCGCUGCUCUACAGAGAAGCGUAGGGAAAAUCUUUUACCAUGCCGGAUUCGAGGAAUUUCAGCCAUCCGCGCUUGAGGCUGUUACAGAUAUUGCUGGCAAUUUCUUUGCGAACCUUGUUCGAACCUUGGGUGCCUACCAAGAGCAGCCAAAGAUGAAAAUGGAAGAGCCUAGUACUGCUUCUACAGGUGUCCAGUCCGCAUGGAAGCCUCGAUUCACCCAAGAAGAAGCCGUCCUCCAUUCCUUACAUGAAAAUGGAGUCGACUUGGAGUCACUCGAGGGCUACGUAAAGGAAGAUGUAGACCGACUCAGUACUAAACUUGCUGGCAUGCACGACCGAAUGAAGUCGCACCUAGCAGAGCUCCUUCGUCCGGCUCUCGAUGGCAGCGCGGGAGCAGAUGGUGCAGGAGCGUUCAACGAUGGCAGCGAACAGUUUGUCGGAGGUGAUUUCGCAGAAGACAUCGACGAGGACUUCUUUGGUUUCAAGGAACUCGGUCUUGACAAGGAAUUCGGACUCGCGUCACUUAGUGUUCCGCUUCAUCUCCUACAAAACCGGAUGUACAACCACGCCCAGUCGCAAAAUGCGAGCAUCGUUUCGACCACUGGCGUGCUUAUGGAGGAACCUCCCAAAUUCGAGCCCGUCACGAUUCGGAACAUCACGAACGAAAUCGGUCUCGUUCAAGAGUGGUUCUUGGCGAAGCUUCACCAUAACAACGACCAACAACUCCCUGAAGACGAAGACUUGCCUGUUAAGCAACGCUUCCCUAAGCCGCGUCUACCUCCUACCGGCAAGAUCUCGAGCCCGCGCAAACGUCCACUCAAAGAACAGCAACAAAUGGCACGCAAGAAGCGUAAGCUUGAAGAGGGUAAAGACGACAGCACCAACAAUGCCAAUGCCACUGGCUCUGCGUCUGGGUCUGGGUCCGCUGUUGUUAACGGAAACGGAAUGCCAAAGGCCAUUGCGAAGCCAGUCGGAAAACUCAGGCUGGAGAUGCCCGGCCAGAAAGACAGUCAAAACAAUGCCGAGCCUGAGAAAGACGAUGGGAGUGCAGUUGGUAUGAUUAGCCCAGAGAGCAUCGGAGGAGCUUGA